UUAAAAAUUUAGGGAAUCUUAUUAACGUUUAAAGAAGAACUAUAAAAGGCAAAAUACAGCAAAGUUGUAAAUGUGGAUUGUAAAAACCAGACAAGUUAAGAUUCUUUAAUGUGGGUAUUCCCCUGCUCGAAAAGUAAACAUUACAAAUUGAUUUUCGUGACGUCGGAAACAGAAUAUAAUGUCGCAAAGACUGGCUGGAAAAGUCGCAAUAGUUACAGGUGCCGCGAGUGGAAUUGGUCGGGCAAUCUGCCAAAGAUAUGCCAACGAAGGUGCGAGUCUUAUGUUAGUUGACCGUAACCAAGAAAGACUUAAAAAAGCAACUGAAACACUAAACACAGGACAUGGCAAUAAGCACUGCAUUUCUGAAGGAAAUGUUUCAGAAUUUGAUUUUGCAAACAAACUAGUUGACCAAGUGAAAGAAACAUAUGGUAAAGCUGGGAAUGUGUUAGUGAAUUGUGCCGGAAUAACCAGAGAUAGUUUGUUGAUAAACAUGACUGAAAAACAAUUUGAUGAUGUCAUUCAAGUAAACUUGAAGAGCAUUUUUACGAUGACAAAAGCUUUUAUUGGAACAUUAAGGCAUACUGGUGGAAUGCAUCCAGCUUCUAUUAUCAAUAUCUCAAGUAUUGUUGGCAAGACAGGGAAUGCAGGCCAGGCGAAUUACGCUGCAUCCAAAGCAGGUGUUAUUGGAUUCACAAAGACUGUUGGAAUGGAAAUGGGAAGGUACGGCGUGAGGUGUAACGCUAUCCUGCCUGGUUUUAUACAAACACCAAUGACAGAUGCUGUGCCAGAAGAGAUUAUGAAAAAGUAUUUAAAGAUGAUUCCGAUGAAAAGAAUGGGAACUCCUGAAGAAAUUGCGAAUGUAUGUUUAUUCCUUGGGUGUGAUGAAAGCUCUUAUGUCAAUUGUGCAACUCUGGAAGUUACAGGUGGUUUCUUUGCAUAGAUCAAAUACACCAUUGCAAAAGGUUACAGAAUGCAUGGUACAACAUCUGAUUCAUAAGCUGAUUCUAUAACUAAGGGGCAGCUUUUAAACUAAGGUUCUAUUUGUUUUAAAAUCAUGAAUAUAUAAUGUGUUUUUUUUUAAGAAUAAACACAACCAUAAGAGAGGUUU